AUGUUGUCGUCAGAUAAGGAAUCAGAUCCGGUUGUAUUAAGCGAUACACCAGCUCAGCCUGACAUGUUGCAAGCAGGCUUGGAGUCAAAUCUGGAGUGUUUAUCAUUAGAAGCGUUGAGGUUCGUCUGUAAGGUAUCAGGAGUACCAGAUUCAGGCCAAAAGAAGGAAGUUGUGGCAAGGCUGGUUAAGGAAGGUAAAGUCUGGUUGGGGCCGGAUGCAACCAUUGAUGUCUCUGAGGUACCUGGAAAAGGGAAAGAUGUGCAACCGCAGCCAUUAGAGAACAGGAGCGAAAGUCUAUUGGAGGACCCUGACAUGUUUCAGUGGACUGGUGAUAGGUCCCAACAGUUGAGAUCAGGUGUACAAAACCCUCGGGACUCUUUCAAAAGGGAGGCCAUGCUUGGUUCAAACCUGGCACACAACAGGCCUUGGAAUAAAGGAGCUAUGAAUUGGGGUGCGUAUUUUAGUACUUUGACAUUAAAUGAUGUGAAGCGUAAGGAUAUGUGGGAAAAACAUGAGUUGUUGAACCAGCGUAAUCAGUGGGAGGCAUAUAUGGUGAGAGUCGCUGAUGAAGAUGGAUGGGAGGUUGCAUUUAAGAUAGCAACUGCGGACUUGUCGGACCCAAUAUCUGAAAUUUUAGAGAGUAAACGUGAAAGAGCUAGAUUAGCAACACAAUGUAACUAUUGUAUUACUCUCGUUUGGAAUGGUCACUGGUUCAGGCCUCUAUCUUUCAAAUGGGCAGUGUUUCCACAGCACAAUUCACACAAACACAACUGUAUAUUCAUCAACCAGGAUUUUACCAACAAUUCUCAAAUCAGCCAGCAGGGUUUUAGCCCAAAUGCGGCCCUGCCAUCUCUGGGGCAACAAGUGUUCUCCCCAUCUCCGUACUGGUCAAAAAAGGGUGAUAAAAACAAGUGGUCCAAAAGAAAGGAUGUGGUUUGUUAUUUAUGUAAAAGAAAAGAGCAUUUUGCUAAUGAGUGUAGUUCUAGGAAGCAUCUUGGUUUGCCCUUUCGUGGGAAUAGCCACAAUCGAGAAAUAGUUGACUACACUCAGGAGGUGUUGGAAUCAGUAGAAGAAGAAGAAGAUAAAAUAUUGGGAGAAAAUAAUAAGGCUGUCUCAGAUAAUGCUAAGGUGAUUAAAGGAGGGAAUUCCUUUGUUUCUGAGAAAUUUAAUGCGUUUAGUAACCAGUUCAAACCUGAGGCCCUAUCGUUUUACACAGGAGGAGAUGCUUUGGUUGAAAGAAGAGUUGCAGAGAUUAGAGAUUGCAGGGGCUAUA